AGCAUUGUCAAGGAGAGGAAGGUGACGCAAAGAUCAAGUAUCGGAUAAUAUUAUUCCCGGUGUCAGCCACUGGAUUGCAGGUCUCGCAACAAACAAAUCAUGUACUAUCGCGUCACUCAAAUUGAUCGAUAAGGUUCUACCGGCACUUUCCUCCAAAACGUCUUUAUAUUAACGCCGAAUCUUUCAGAAUGAUUUCACAAUGUAUAUUUACUGGCAUUUUAUUACUGGCGAUGGUAUCUGGUAUAAGUGGUCAGACUGAGGGUGAUGUUCGAUUGAUGCCGGAAGAGGUCGACUACAAUAUUGUGCAAGUUUACCACGAUAACCAAUGGGGAGCAAUCUGCAGUGGUCCACUGUGGAAUAGGGCUGAUGGUGACGUAAUUUGCAGACAACUAGGUCGAGGUAAAGCACGUUAUGUAUUUACAGCAUAUGGAAGAGAUACCAACUCGAUUUACAACAAGGUUAACAUAAGCCUAGGUGAACCUAUCUGGCUAGCAGACCUCCAGUGUCAAGGAAAUGAAGACAAAAUAGUUGACUGCAAAAGAAAAAUAGAAUGGGGUUCACUAUCAUCUAUUUGUUUCCGUGCUGGACUUGAAUGCACUGAUGUUGAACCGGAAGAAAACAAUUACAACAUAAUCGGUUGUUAUAAAGAUAACAUUGGAGGCGAGCCUCUGUUGAAGGACUACGAUUGUAACCUGGACAAAGACCCCAGGUGCCACAGCUACGGCUGCCUUAAUAGGUGCGCCAACAGUGCAAUGACAGUUGAGUUAUGCGCCAGCGUCUGUUGUGGGAGUAACUACGAAUAUUUUGGAUUAGAAUUUCGCAAUGAAUGCUACUGUGGUCACGAGAAUGCAAGUUAUUAUAUGUACGGAAAAUCCCCCGAUGGAAACUGCAAUACACCUUGCAACGGCAACGCGUCCCAGACGUGUGGAAGUAACCAAGAAAUAAGUUUAUACAAAUGUGGACAAAAAUUGUUGACGAAUAUUUUAGAUGGUACCACUGAUGACAACCUACCGCCUAUGCAAGGAGUUUUGCCUUCAGAGAAGAGAAACUUUAUGAAACUAAAUGUUAUGUAUUUCAUUAUUGGAGGUGUUGUUUGUCUUGCUGUCGUCAUUAUAAUUGUGUAUGCUGCUUAUAUGAGAAUAUCAAACAGGUCACAUAUGCAGCAGUUUGGUGACGCAACGAUAAUAUAUUGCGAACCAGAUCAAAAUCUUAAAGUAUCAUCAAUGCAGCGACCAGGUGAUAACAAGCUUCUCGAACAAUAUUUCGAAGCAGAAUAUCACGCUAUACCUGAAAAAGAAAUUAAAGAAGAAAGGGAGCAUAUAUAUAAAGCAUCUCUCUCUGAAGAUGGAUCCAUAAAGAACACGAUUGCCAGACCGUCAGUUGAGCCUGACAGUGAAGAGGGCGCUAUCGGAUAUGCUGCUGUGGCAGCAGAUUGUAUGGAUGAAGAGUAUUGUGUACCUAUGGUUUCACCAAAUUCAUUAACUGCAGCAAACGCAAAGAAGUCCAUGCCAGUGGCGCCACCACGACAAACGUCUCUGGAAAAGAGACAACCACACAAUGCAAGCAGUGACUCUUUGUACGCAGUGCCUAUGAAGACAGCAGCAAAGAAAAAAGACAAUAAAAUUGAAUAUUAUGCAACUUCUGAAGUUAUGAGCCAUACGGAUAUGAAUGAUGAAAGCCAGGAUUAUCGUUGGAUGUCGUCGCUAAGCGACACUGGAUACACUAAAUUGAGUGAGCGAACUCGAGAUCAAGCAGGGGACUACACGGGUCUUAAAGACUGAGGAGAUGACAUGCCAGAACAUCCGGUUCUUAAGACAUGGUGUGCGGAAUACGGUUUUAAUAGCACUUGUGAGUGUGUAAUAGUAUCCGUCGUAUCCCAACCAUAAAGUUUUUACAGAAAUGUAAACACUUAAUUGGUUUGACUAUAGGUAAAAAAUACAUUUACGAUGAUGCUAUUAAGAAUUCGUGGUAGAACGUCGUAUCGUAUCCCACUCAACACCUAGCAUCAGCAGCAAUGUUCAGAUAUUGAAAAAGGUGUUAAGUGAAAUAUUGGUACAGAGGCACGUUUUAGAAAUUACUACAACCUUCAAACACGAGAUGCGAUAAAAAAAUUUAAAUGUAUAGAAGUACAGCCACUAAUUGUUACCCAUAUUUGUUUUUCUUCUCGAAAUUGUUAUUAAAAUAUAUAUUUUUAAAGCUUUACAUAAAUACCUAUAUAGUGUUCAUGGUAAGCUUGUAAGUGUCUUUCUAUCAUUUAAAAAUUAUUACGUAACAUCAAUUUCUAAAUAAGAUUCAUAAUAAGUACAAUACAAGAUAUAAAAAAACCCAUAAGAUUAGGUUAACAUAAGCUACAAUAAUAGUUGAAAACAUUCAUCUGGUCACAAGUUUCGUGGUUUGAUUGAUAAAAUAUAAAAUUUCUCAUAUAAGCUACAAUAAGCCUAUGAUUUCGCCAUUAUAAUUUAUUUAAAUAACACUUAAAUAAAUAUGGUUUCUUUAACUGGUCGAAGUGCUUUACUCUAACACUUGAGUAAAUUAAACAUUAGAUGAUUAUUAGUCGAAAUCAUUGUUAUUAAAAGAGAUUUUAAAGAUGGUGUGGACAAUAGGGUUGUGUCUACAUAAUUUAUAAGUAAAUUAUAUUGUAUCCAGACUGGUGGGGAUCCAGGAUUUUCCUUGAACAUUCGCACAGAUGGGGUGGUCCUUGCAGUGGUGGAUCCAGGAAUUCGAAAUAAAGAGGGCCAGAGAGGAAUCUUCACAGAUAGACAAAAGGUCGCCUCUAGAUGACCGGAAAUGGCACUCCCACAUUUUGAAUAUAAUUUUUAUUUUUUUCUCAAUUCUUAAAAAAUUAUUUUGAAUUAUUUACGGGGUUCCUGACCGGCAGGGUUCCCCUUAAAUCCGCCAGUGCAUGAGGGAUCCCCUAACGCUAAGGUGACCUAGGGUUUUAAAAAGCUAUUGAUAAAAUUAUGGCGUUUCUAUAAAAAGAUAAACGAACAGAUUCUUGAAACUACAAGGAAUAUUUUGCUGAAAACAAUACUAUUUUUUAAAAAUACAUUAUUGUUCUGUUUACUACUGAAUAUGCAGACACCUUUGUCAACUGGGCCACUGGACCUUUUGUUAGACAGAAUACCAAUGUGGUACGACUUCUUCUUGUGUGUGACAUAAAACAUGUCUAUUAAAGGUACUACAUAUUGUUAUAAAAAUUGCAUCCCAAAAAUUUAGGUCGUUUCUAUGAAAAUGACGUAGUUUAAGUCAUUUAAGUUUACCAUUUAUUUUACACGUUGUGCGAUUCAGCAACUCAGAUUUACUGUACUGCAGUGUACUUACUUCUGGUGUACAGCUCCAAUGGUGUGAAUCAGUUGUUUGGUGAAAUUUCUGGCUUGAUUGGUCUGAUUUACCCCCAAUGAUCUGAUAUAUAUCAUGGGCUUUCUUGGGCUAAAUUUAUGAUUGCUCGCCUUGAUAGCAAUGUGUAACGGGUUGAAGUCCCACCAAAAGUCAGGCAACUGAGAAGAAACUUUUUGUUGAAGGGCUAUGAUUAAUAAAAUUUUAACAUUAUUUGUUGAUAUUUCGUAAGAUCCCGUCUUGCCGUUAAAUGCUUAAAAGAAGAGGGUGUUAUGUGUCAUGGCAUUCGAACUGUUGUUGUUCAACUACGCGUGAGCAAAAUGGGUCUGAGAUAUGAGUUGAUUUAAUCGGAUUUAAAUUCCCAACGAAUCCUCCAUGGCCCGGUUGGUUAAGGCGGCUGUAUAGACGGUCCCGGGUUCGAAUACCGGUUCGGUAUUAUUAGGCCAAUUAGUUUUAAUUUCAAUGUUCGAUUUCAUUCAAUUCGCCAACUCUGUACAAUGCAAUUAAAAACCGCAGAUAAUAGAUCAACAAUCUCGAA